AUGAUUCUGAAUGAUACAAUGCUUGCUAGUUUAAAAGAAUCAAAGCCAUUAGAAAUAGACACAUCACCAAAUGGAAUCGAGUAUUCCACAGAUGGAUUGCUGCUCAGCAUCACACAGGGAAACACAAUGAAAUUAUUUUCUGCACUUUCAGGUAGUACCCAAAACAUCAUACACUUGCAAAACAUCCAGAAGUAUUUGUUCGUGUACCCAAACACGAUCGUUCACACUGCAUGCAGCACAAUGCAGCUGCUUUCUGUAUUUGACAACAAAUACAUCCGUACAUUCAAUGGCCAUAAAAGUCAGGUUUAUGCCCUUUCUGUCUGUACAAUUGAAGAUUCAAUAAUAUCUUCAUCUAAUGAAUGCAUCAACUACUGGGAUAUCAGGAAGAAAAAUCCAUUGUACAAAAUCAAUGCUGCCAAUGCCAUGGGGUGUAUCUCUUCAUCAUAUGACUAUGCAUUGCUAGCAAAUGGAUCAGUACUCAAGAUCUAUGACAAAAGAAACACUAAAGGUCCGCGAAGUACAUCAACAAUCCCUGAAAAGAAUUAUAUGGCAAUUUCAUAUUCACCAGAUGCAAGCCAUUUGAUAAUUUCUGAUGGAAAAACACAUCUAUUUGUAGAUCAGGAUGGUGUAACAAAAAGCACACUUACUUUAGAAAGCAAGAGCAGCGGAUGCAUUACGCCAGACUCAUCACAUUUUCUAUUAUAUGAGAAAAAUCACAUGUUUGCCUACAACAUCAGAACAAACAAAAAAGAAUAUGAAUUUGAAGCACCUGGCAUCGAAGACACAAAAAUACGCUUUAAUCCAUGCUAUGCACAGUUUGCGGUAUCUUCUUCAAAAUUCAUAAAUAUAUGGGCCAUCGAGGAUCAUACAGACGAACUUCCAAUAUAG